GGAGUCGAACCAGGCUGGAAGUUUCAUUCAGCACAUCUGCUCCUGGUGUGGAGGCUGCAGCGGCACCGGAGCCCAAACACGUCCUCAAGAACCCGGGCUUUUUCCUCCUCACCCUCAGUUAUGUCCUCUGGACGGAAGCUUCCACGUUAAAGACUUUGCAGUUCGCAGAUGAAAGACAAGAAUAUGCUCUGCCUGCGAGACUCGAGCGACUGCCUGCGGGAGCACGUGCAGUACAUGAUGAGGUCCCUGCAGGACCUCAAACACCUGCGGCGGUCCUGCCCCGCGGCCCGGCGCCCCCUGGCCCAGCUGCCGGCGCUGGCCCGCCACUCGGCGGUGGCGCAGGCGUGUCAGCAGCGGGCGCUGCAGCGGGAGCAGCGCGGGCGGCUGCGCAUGUCCGACGCCAGCACCGCCAGCACCUACGACUCCGCCUGCUGCCUGGCGAGUCCUCUGGAGGAGGAGGGGGAGGAGGACGACUCCAGCAGCGGCCUGGGCCUGGACCUCAGGCUGGGCCUGGGCUCCCCCAGCAGCCACAAGAGCCUGGAGUUCGACUCGGGCUACUCGGAGGCGUCGUGGCAGGACGAGUCGGUCGUCCUGAGGAGGACGAGGAACGUGCGCGUGUCCUCGUCGGCGUGUCUGCGCACGAACCGGGCCCCGAGCGGACGCGUCCGGCCCAAGUCCACGUCCGACGCCUGUCUGGAGCGCUGGACCUCAUUUGAGGUCAGCGACCCCGAGGACUGGACGAACUCUUUGCUGACGAGGGGACGCAACCGCCAGCCUCUGGUCCUGGGGGACAACAGCUUUGCGGACCUCAUACAGAACUGGAUGGACCUGCCCGACUGCCCCGAGCCCGGUGAGCGCAAGCCGGCGCCGAGGCAGAGACUGGGGGGCGGCUUCUUGGUCAACGUGAGGCGGAAGCUUGCUGGGAUUUCUAGGAGCGUGGAGGACAGAGUGAGGCUGCGGGCGGCCGACGCCGCUCACGCCGGCCGCACGGCGAGCGCGGCCAAACGCCUGUCCUGUCCAGCUGUGGCGUCUCAGCCCAAGGUCCCGUUCUUUCACCAGUCCCACUCCGGCAUCCACCAGCUGGACUCAGACUUCUACCACUUUGCAGCCCUCAUGAAAUCGGGCAGCCGGCAGCCCAUAAUCUGCAAGGAUAUCAUUGGGUACAUCUGAGCCCUCCAGAUGUGUCCACGCACGGGCAGAGACGGACCGGCUCGUCUUCUGAGUCACUUUAUUUUCAUACAGCUGUUUUUAUAUGACUGAGAUCUUGGAAAAAAAAUGAUGUUCUCAUAAUUUAUACUCUAUGCAUUUAAUGUGUAUUAUUUGAACGACUGCAAUAGGUCUCAUCAAUGCAUUUUUGAGUUCUCAGGCGACAUAAUGUGCACAUCAGUGUGAUCACAGCUCAUUACAGACAGCUGCUCUCCGCUGCUGGAUUAGUUCAAGGAGGCUUCGACUGUUGCUGCAGUGAAAUAAAUGAAUGUGAGCUCAUUUAUUUUCAUUACAAGCGUAAGAUGAUACACAUGCGCUGAGACAGAUGAGUUUGUGCAUCCACGGUUGUCGUAAUUGUUGUUUAAUAAAAACUAAAUGAACUGAU